AUGACCAUUUCCAUCUCAUUUUGUAACAGUGGAAAGCUGUUGCCAUUGUUUGCCAGGAUGGGAAUUGCUAAACUCAGUGUGUUACUACUUUCCCUUGUCUGACUCCAUUCCUCUGAAAACGUGGGAAAGAAGCAGAGAACUGCAUUAAACAAGGCGCUGACCUGGCAAUUAUAGAGUGUAGAGAAGCAGGUAAAUGAUUUGGAUAUAUUCUGUAUGGUGUAACUUCCACAAUGUGUUAAAGAUAUACAUACUAGGUUAGCAUAGAAUAACUUCCUAUCAUUUCCAUCAGUUCUAUGCAAUGUGGAAUGCUGUAAGUGCCCCACUCCAUGGAGUAGGCCCCUCUACAUAUUAAUGGUUUGACAGCACUGUAAAAGAGAAAGAUUGUCCAAAAGCCAUAGUUAUCAAUGAUUCAUUCAGCUUCUUUCUUGGCUUGUGGUUUGUUUGCUCAGGCAUUCAUAAGUAAGAUGAUACACAAAGUGCAGUUUAACUCCGAACCUAUGCACAUGAAAGGGUUCUGGAUAGGACUGAAGGAGGAAGAGGAUACAGAGGGGAACUGGAAAUGGGUUAACGGGACUGAGCUGACUCGGGGGUAA